GUUGUUGUUGGUGUUGUUUCGGCUACAGCUCGGGGACUCUAAAGUAAAGCAUUUACUUUGCAAACUCCAGUCGCGCAGCGGCCGAACCUCUCAGGAGUGAACCACGCGGGCCGCCGUAGUCAGCUGCUGGAGCAGGAAGUGUUGGAGCGGCGGGCGGAGACUGCAGUAUGGCACCGGACCCCUGGUUCUCCACGUACGAUUCCACCUGUCAAAUUGCCCAAGACAUUGCUGAGAAAAUUCAACAACGAAAUCAGUAUGAAAGAAGAGGCGAAAAGACACCCAAGCUCACCGUGGCCAUCCGGACUUCGCUGCAGAACCUGAAGGAGAAGAUCGCCCUUCUGAAGGAUUUACUGCUGAGAGCGGUGUCAACACAUCAGAUAACACAGCUGGAAGGCGACCGAAGACAGAACCUCCUGGACGACCUCGUAACGCGAGAGAGACUGCUCCUGGCGUCCUUCAAGAACGAGGGUGCGGAGCCAGAUCUAAUCAGAGAACUGAGGAUAAUCUGCUUGUCAAUAUUGCAAAGCCCAGCAAGUGUCUUCUGGCAAUCACUGAAGACGAGCUCGCCACAUUGGGACUGGCGUGGAGCCCUGUCCAGCCUGAUGAGGGAGGAGGCUAAGCGAGGAGCCCCCAACCCUUGGCUCUUUGAGGAGCCGGAGGAGACCAGAGGCUUGGGAUUUGAUGAACUCCGGCAGCAGCAGCAGAAAAUCAUCCAAGAACAGGAUGCAGGCCUUGAUGCCCUUUCCUCUAUCAUAAGUCGCCAAAAACAAAUGGGACAGGAAAUCGGAAAUGAGUUGGAUGAACAAAACGAGAUCAUUGAUGACCUCGCCAAUCUCGUGGAGAACACAGAUGAAAAGCUUCGCACCGAAACGAGGCGUGUGACCUUGGUGGACAGAAAGUCUACGUCAUGUGGGAUGAUAAUGGUGAUUUUAUUGCUGCUCGUGGCUAUUGUGGUCGUUGCAGUCUGGCCAACCAACUAACAGCGUUAAAGGGACCGCCCGCCGUGACACCUGCCAUGCCGAUAACAGCCCAGCAUCUUUUUGUACACAAAACCUGCUUCCAAUAAACUCUCGCAAAGCUCUGAA